UCUUUUCUUGUGCUGUUUGGGAUAUUGCUGAUAUUCUGUUUCCGCGUCACGUCUACGAACAAAUGGUGUGUUCACUUCAGUUGAGUAACGGCGAUGACACCCGGAAUGGAGAUCCCGGCGGGUUUCGCCUUCAAGAAUCUACCCCCACUGCUCUUGACAGAUUGCUUUUGCAACGUGGAGUGCUUGUUCGGCUGGGCAUGGGGUGGUUCGGUGGGUUGAUCAUUCAGCAAUCUCCGCAGCGCCACCUGUACGACUACUGUGUGCAGCUGGAAGUAGACCACAGUACGCGCAAUAUGAAGCUGCCCUUAGACAAGUACAGCGGAGAUCCGGACGCGGCGGCAGGCUCAUGGGUUUUGCUUGAGAGCGUCAGUAGGGCGGGAAGGGUACGCACCCCCAAAGUCACUCCUGUGGACCAAGGCGAUUGACAGUUGCCCCAUGGAGGGGUGUUUGCGGGUAUGAA